ACCAAGAAAUGAAUCCGCAUUUUACUAGAGACAACAGGGACUAACUGAAGCUUCCUUAGCAAAGGGAGUGAUAUAAUCAGACUAGUGUUUUUGGAAAAUUAAUUUGUCAACUGUUUGGAUUGGAGAGGGGAAAAAGUGGAAGGAGGGGGUCACUUAGGAAACUAUUUGAAAUAGUCCAGGUAAGAGGUGAUGAGGAUUUGAACAAAGGUGUUGGUUGUAUGAGUGGGGAGAAGGGGAUAGGGUUGAGAAAUAUUUUUGUGUUUUUUGCCUUUCUUUGUAACUUCAGCACAUAAUACAGUUUAAUACAGUUUAAGCAUAUAGUAAGUACUUAAAAAUGUUUGUUGGUUGAUUAAUUGAUUUAUUUUGAAGAUGGGAUAGAUAAGAUUUGGUAACUGAUUAAAUAGUUGGGAAUUAGCUAGAGUACAUAGUUAAGGAUGACUUUAGGGUUAUGAUUGUGAAUGAUUGAAAGGAUGGUGGUAUCCUUGACAGAAAAAGAGAAAUUAGAAAGAAGGGUGGAUUUUUGUGGGAAAAUAAUGAAUUCUGUUUCAGAUGUGUUGAAUUUGAGAUACUUAUGAGACAUCCAGAUGGAAAUGGCCCAGAUAUAGCAGGCAAUUGGUAAUGAUAGGACUGGAAUUCAAGAGAUAUUUAGAUAAUGAAGUAAUUCAUCUUCAGGAGAUGAUAAUUGAACCACUAGAAGCUGAUGAGAUCAAUAUAGAGAGAAAAGAGGAUGUUAACUGGAUAAAAGGGUAAAGUGGAAUAGUUUGGAAAAGUAUAAAUAAAUUGGAAUGACUUUAGCAGUGGUCCUUUCUGGGUACUGAGAGGUGGGAGUAUCAUGCAGUUAUUUUCUAAAUUUGGUCCACUUUCAUCUAACUUUUUAGGAAUUGGAUUUUUUGAUUAAGAAUGUUCUUUAUAUAGAGAAGUGAGUGAAGUUAUAUGAUACAAAAGUUAAAGCAGCCUUUUUUUGCCUUGUUCAUGUUUUAAAAAAUUGUUAUAAUAAUUUGCUUAAUUAGCUUUCUUAAAGGAGACUGGAAAAAUUCAGAGCAUGCUACCUGAAAAAUUAUUAUUGUAGUAUUUCUCCUAUAACACUCAUGCUCAUAUGCCAAAAAAUUUAGAGUAAUCCAUAAAAGGAAUUUUUCUUUCAGGGGAAAUGGCUUUCAAUGUCUAAGCAGUCUGCACAUAAAGAACAGACUUUUUACAAACUCCCAGUUAACUGAAUUUAAUUGCUUUCUUAGAAGUAGCUGAAAUUGACCUAAAGGAUCAGAUCAUCCAUGUUGUGUGAGUAUGAUGUGAUCUGGCUUUUCAGUGGCUUUUGUAUUCAAGAUUCUCCUAGAGUUUCUCUUUUCUUUUAGCUACUGUCUGCUUUCUGCCUUACAAGAAGAACAGAUCUUGUCUUCAUCUUUUCUAUUUUCCAGUUAUAUUCUGUUGGUUAACACUGUAAUAAACCGAAGUUAAUUCAGAUAGGAAAGAAAUUUGUACUACUAAGCCUGUCUAUACAUUCAAGUUUUCUCAUUGAUCAGUAAUACCAAACACAAUGUCAAUGGGAAUUAAUAUUUUUCUUUUUUGUUGGAAAGGAAUCUUUUCAUACUUGUUUUUCAAAAGUAUAUGUAACCCAGGCCCCAAAACCCGUUGGUAUAGAAUUCUCUCUCCAUUGAUGGGGAUUAAUGUUUCUUACCUGUGUAUGGGGGGCAAGGUAGAAUGGGUGAAAGCAGGAGAGCACAUUUAUCUCUUCAGUUCUUUGAGUUGUUCUGGUUUUAAGUUCAGGAGAGAAGAUUUACAAUGCCAAGUUCUUUUCAGGUGGAUGAGGGGAAGAAAAGAUUCUGAGAAGUCAACAUGUAGAAUUUUGAUUGGGUCCCUGUUUACAGCUUGCUACACUAUUGACUUCUGGAAAUUUUCCUUUGAGAGAAAUCUGGAACUCUCUUGCAGUUAAACUAAGUUAACUUAUUCUCAGAAGGAGAGAUCAUUUAAUCUAUAUUAUCUGAUAUACAUUUUCAUAUUCAUACUUUCUCUGAUUUGUUUUGCAAUUGACCUGGAUAGAUACAUUUCCUUGCUAUUUGCUAUGCAUAUUCAUUUUAUAGCUGGUAUUUGAUGGGAAGGGAGUCAAACUUUGGAUAUGAAGUUUAUGGCCCUCCCUUUCUGUCUUAAAAAACAAUGAUUAGGAGGUUAGCUUUAACCUUAAAAUUACAUCCCCUUGACUGUUCCUUAAGGGAACAGAUAGAUAUAUUUCUACCUUUUACCCUAAUUCUCUGAGGAGAGCAAAGUGGUGACCAGUCUUUGACUCCUACCUUCUUGCUUCUCUAGUAGGAAUUAAAGAUUCCCUUGGAGAAGGGUGGAGAGAAGAGAUACUAGAGAUGUGAUAACUAUUUCUGCCUCCCUAUUUCUGCCACAUGAUGUCCCUUGGUACAUACAUAUGUAAAAUACACAUUAUAUACACACCUAUAUAUAGGUAUCUUGACUCAGCUUUAGGCAUAAUUAUAAAAGUUACAACAAUUGUAUUUGGUGUCUUCUCAUCCUUCACUUUAAGGGUCUCCAUGCUCUUUUCCCUUCUUCCUGCUAAAAACUCAUCACUAUUUGCCCUGGAUCUUCAUAUUUACAUGCUUUAUCCCCCAUCAAAGCUCCUGCCCUGUAUUCUAUUCCUUAUAGUUUAGACACACACACACACAUACACAUUGUGUUAAUCAUUAAAUUGCAAGUUCCCUGAGGGCUGAGACCAUCUUGUUAUCUUUUGUAUCAGUGCUAAGCAGAACGCUUGGCACAGAAUAGGUGCUUAACAGAUGUUGACUGAUUGUGGAGCAGGAAGAUCAGAGAAGAAUCAGGAGAAAGCAGUCUUAUAGAAGCCAAGAGAAGAAAGAAUAUCAAGGAGGUCAGGUGGUCAACAAUGUCAAAUGUUAUUCAAAGCUUAAGCAGGAUGAGGAUUCAUAAAAGGUUAUUAGUCAUGACUAUGAAGAGGUGAUGAUUGUGAUAGGAUGAUCAUGGAGAGCACAGGACCAAUAGACUUGUGUGGGUAGAAACCAGAUUAUAGGGGAUUGUGAGGAAUAGGUAUGAGAGUUUGGUGUGAGGGCUUGCCACUUCUUUUCAUGGCUGUUAAUACACCUAUAGUGUUCACUUAUGGUGUCCACCUGUCACAUUCUCACUUGUGGGUCCAAGAAGCUAUACAGCAUGUGCAGCAGUCACACCAUGAUAAAAUUGUCUCAGCAGAUGGGCUAAUCUAGGUUGAGGAUAACUAAUAGGACUCAAACCCAUUGAGGUGUUAUUAAGGAUGUCUACCCCCAAGCAUGUGAAGACUUCCCUUGGUGAAAUGGUCAGAUGAGAACAAUUUGUUCCAAGGUCCAUGAAGAUGGAAGAAGUAUGCAUUGUGGAGCACUCAGAGCUUUGACAGACAUUGAAGAUGCCAAGAUUAUUAAAAUGAAGAAUUAUUGAAAUGAAGAAGUAACUGUCAAGAUGAACAAAUUAAAAGUGCUAUCAGAAAAAAGCCUUACUAGUAAUUCUCGGAUUGUGGCUCUCCUGGCUCAGCUGGAGAAGAUCAACUAUGAAUGUCCAGAAGCAGAAGCUGCCAGAUAUGUUACAUCAAAGAUUCUUCACCUGACCCAAAGUCAAGAGAAAAUCAGGAAAGAAAUAACAGCCAAAGGUUCUACAGGAAUGGAUGUUCUACUCUCAACAUUAGAGAACACAAAAGAUCUUCAGACCACACUUAACAUCUUAAACAUUCUUGUUGAAUUGGUGUCAGUUGGUGGUAGUAGGAGAGCAAGUGCUUUAGUCUCCAAAGGUGGCACCCAAAUAUUGUUGCAGUUACUUUUGAAUGCCAGCAAAGAAUCUCCACCACAUGAAGAGUUAAUGGUUCAAGUUCACACCCUUCUUGCUAGAACUGGACCAAAAGAUAAAAAGUUUGGAGUGAAGUCUAGAAUUAAUGGGGCCUUAACUAUAACUCUGAAUUUGGUGAAACAGAAUUUACAGAAUCAACGUUUAGUGUUGCCUUGUCUUCAGCUUUUACGAGUAUAUUCUACCAAUCCUGUAAAUGCAGUGUCCUUAGGGAAAAAUGGAGUUGUGGAAUUGAUGUUUAAAAUCAUUGGUCCUUUUAGUAAGAAGAACACCGGCCUUAUGAAGGUUGCUUUAGACACACUUGCUGCAUUGCUAAAGUCAAAAACUAAUGCCAGGAGAGCUGUAGACAGAGGAUAUGUCCAUGUACUUUUAACAAUUUAUGUAGAUUGGCACCGUCAUGAUAAUCGGCAUAGAAACAUGCUCAUCCGGAAGGGAAUUUUACAGAGUUUAAAAAGUGUUACAAGCCUCAAGUUGGGAAGAAAGGCAUUUAUUGAUGCCAAUGGGAUGAAAAUUCUAUAUAACACUUCACAAGAUUGCUUGGCAGUCAGGACUCUUGAUCCUCUCGUCAACACAUCCAGUCUGAUUAUGAGGAAAUGUUUUCCUAAAAAUCGCCUUCCAUUACCAACUAUUAAAAGUGCUUUUCAUUUCCAAUUGCCAGUUAUUCCUGUGACUGGACCUGUGGCUCAGCUCUACAAUUUACCACCUGAAGUGGAUGACGUAGUAGAUGAAAGCGAUGACAAUGAAGACCUUGAAUUAGAAGCUGAAAAUGAAAUUGAGAAUGAGGAUGAUAUUGACCAAAAUUUUAAGAAUGAUGAUAUUGAGACGGAUAUUAACAAGUUAAAACCUAAGCAAGAAAUAGGACGGCCAAUAGAAGAACUAAAAAUGUAUGAACACUUUUUCCCUGAACUUUCUGAUGAAUUUAAGGAAUGUGAUUUAAUUGCCAAAGAACCAAAGCCCUUGGCAAAGGAAGGAAAUCUAGGUGGACCUAUUGUUGUUCCUACAGCAGGAGAAGAACAACCUGUGGAACCAAGCAGUAAUUCAGUGAAAAAGAAUACCAAUUCACAAGGAGAGGAAAGUGAUAAACAACCUACUCUAAUAGACAUGGCAAAAGAAGAUGUUAAAAACAGUGAUAAUUCAUUGCAGCCACAGGAAGGUGAUCAAAAUAGAACAGUUUCUUCAAACCAAUAUCUCACUAGUGACCUAGUGAAGGCUUUGGAUCGAAUAACACUGCAGAAUGCUCCCCAGCCAUCCCAGAGUUUUACUGCUGGAAUUAAAAAAGAUUCCAAUCCUCACCUUACCUCUAUUACAUGUACUAAAGCAUGUCCACAUAUUUCUACUUGUGGAAAUGUACUCUUUGAGGGGCGAACAGUUCAACUAGGAAAGCUGUGCUUUACUGGAGUUGAAACUGAAGAAGAUGAGGAUUCAGAAUCUAACUCAUCAGUGGAGCAAACAUCACUUGAAGUACCCAAUGUACCACCACUCCAUGAUUCUGAUCUGUAUGUGGAGAUUGUGAAAAAUACUAAAUCUGUUCCUGAAUAUUCAGAAGUGGCUUAUCCUGAUUAUUUUGGUCACAUUCCACCUCCCUUUAAAGAACCUAUUUUAGAAAGACCCUAUGGUGUGCAAAGGACAAAAAUUGCCCAGGAUAUUGAGAGACUAAUUCAUCAAAGUGAUAUCAUAGACAAAGUUAUGUAUGACCUGGAUAACCCAAAUUAUGUUAUACCAGAAGAAGGAGAAAGUUUGAAAUUUAAUUCCAGAUUUGAAUCUGGAAAUCUACGGAAGGUUAUUCAAGUUAGAAAAAACGAGUAUGAUCUUAUUCUGAACUCAGAUAUAAAUAGCAAUCAUUAUCAUCAGUGGUUUUACUUUGAAGUUAGUGGAAUGCGGACAGGCAUUGGAUAUCGAUUUAAUAUCAUCAACUGUGAAAAAUCCAACAGUCAGUUUAAUUAUGGUAUGCAACCUCUUAUGUAUUCAGUUCAAGAAGCAUUACAUGCCAGACCGUGGUGGAUUCGUGUAGGUACAGACAUUUGUUAUUAUAAAAAUCAUUUCUCUAGAAGUUCAGUUGCUGCUGGUGGGCAAAAAGGAAAAUCCUAUUAUACAAUUACAUUUACAGUAACUUUCCCACAUAAGGAUGAUGUUUGCUAUUUUGCUUAUCAUUAUCCAUAUACAUAUUCAACUUUACAGAUGCAUCUUCAAAAAUUGGAAUCAGCACACAACCCUCAGCAAAUCUAUUUUCGACAACAUGUGUUAUGUGAAACUCUGUCUGGAAACAGCUGUCCUUUAGUGACUAUAACUGCUAUGCCAGAGUCCAAUUAUUAUGAAAAUAUCUGUCAAUUUAGAAAUCGCCCUUAUAUUUUCUUAUCUGCUCGAGUACAUCCUGGAGAAACUAAUUCAAGCUGGGUUAUGAAAGGGACUCUGGAAUAUCUCAUGAGUAAUAACCCUACUGCUCAGAGCUUACGUGAAUCUUAUAUUUUUAAAAUUGUCCCUAUGCUAAACCCAGAUGGUGUCAUUAAUGGAAACCACCGUUGUUCUUUAAGUGGAGAAGAUUUGAACCGGCAGUGGCAAAGUCCAAACCCAGAUUUGCAUCCUACAAUUUACCAUGCUAAAGGUCUGCUACAGUAUAUGGCUGCAAUAAAGCGUUUGCCUCUGGUUUACUGUGAUUACCAUGGUCAUUCUCGAAAGAAAAAUGUAUUUAUGUAUGGCUGCAGCAUCAAAGAGACGGUUUGGCAUACGAAUGAUAAUGCUGCCUCUUGUGAUGUGGUUGAAGAUAUGGGAUACAGGACUUUGCCUAAGAUAUUGAGCCAUACUGCCCCAGCAUUCUGCAUGAGCAGCUGCAGCUUUGUAGUGGAAAAGUCCAAACAGUCUACAGCCCGUGUGGUUGUUUGGAGGGAAAUAGGAGUACAGAGAAGCUACACCAUGGAGAGCACAUUAUGUGGCUGUGAUCAAGGAAAAUACAAGGGUUUACAGAUUGGGACACGAGAAUUGGAAGAGAUGGGAGCAAAGUUUUGUGUUGGUUUAUUUCGUUUGAAAAGACUGACAUCACCAUUAGAAUACAAUAUGCCUAACAGCCUUCUCGAGUUUGAAAAUGACUUGAUUGAAACUAGCUGCAAAGUAACAAGCCCUACCACUUAUGUUUUGGAAGAAGAUGAACCUCGUUUCCUUGAAGAAGUUGAUUACAGUGCAGAAAGUAAUGAUGAGAUAGACAUUGAAUUGCCUGAAAAUGUUGGGGAUUAUGAACCUUCUGUCCAAGAAGAUGCACUUUCUGACACGGAGUCAUCAAAAACAUGCCUUCCUUGAGCCAUCUGCCAUCUCAUGUAAAUGGCUAAAGAAUAAAAGAAAUAUCUUAGUUUCUAUUGCAUAGGAAACUUUAGAUUUUUAAAAAGAGCUGACUCAAAGAGACAAAAAAGUAACUGGAGCCAGUUUGGUUUCAAGACAAUAAAUGUGUUUUUGAUUUAUGAUAAAAACUGGCAUUUGUUUUAUUUAAAGAAUUCAAUGCCCUGAUUUGAUAGCAUUGAAUUAUCAAAGAUUGAUUUAUCUUUUUUUUCAACAAACUUUAUUUACUCAGUAUCAUUGCAUGACUUUUUGUCUCCUUAUCCUUCUAUCCUACAUCAAAUGGAUAAGUUUGCAGUGUUUCAGAGUAAAACAAUCUCAUCCUAGAUCCCAGUGGUAAUAAGUUGUUGAAAAUAAUAUGUAUGUACAGGGAUUUUUAUUGAUCUGUGUGUUGUUUGUGUGGGAGUGGGUGGAUAUUGAAGAAAAGAAAUUAAGUUCUUCAGAAUGAUGUUAACUCUUUGAUUGUGUUUGAAGUAAUCUAGAACUUGCUUUGAAACCAUUUCAUUCUAAAGUUACCAAAUUAAACAAAUCAAAAAUUAAUUUAUCAAAUGUUGCUUUUGUUUCUUCAUCCCUGAAUAGACUCAGAUUAUAUGGCUUUAUAAUAUCCUUGAUUCAAAAUAUUCAAAGAAACCCACAUGUGAACACACAUUUGUAAAAUUUUAUGUGCACAAGAUGGUUUGAUUACUUCGGUAGAUGGAAGCUUUUCAUGCACCUGUGCUUGCUAUGAAUUAUACAUCUGUAUGGGGCUCUUCCUGAAUAAGUAUCUCAUGAGAAACAACUGGAGCUGAUCCCUGCAGUCAUGACAGUUUGUUAAUAUGGAGCUUUUAAAAAAAUGUACAUUUAUCCAGUGAAGAUACUACUUAGCUGUUGUUAAAUGUUCAUUUAUAUAUUGAGCUAUAUAUUUAUUUACACCUUUCUGUAUUUAAUAUUGCAUGUAUUGUGCUACAGUAUUAUAAUCCUAUUAAAGUGAAUUUAUUCAGGGCAUGCUUACAAGUUAUAUCAGAAUCAAAUGUUUCUAAGGAGGGAAGGAGGGAGAGUAGUUAGGUUGUUUCUUAUUGUUACACCUUCCUAAGUUUUAGACUGUCAGGCUUUAGGAAUGACUGCAACAUUUUAGAAUACUCAGUUUUGAAAAAAAAAAUCUAAUUACUGUUGGUUCUUUGUGAGUUGAGCUUUUGUUAAAAUGAAUAUUGCUAUUUGAUAGGUCCCCCAGAGUACUUUGGUGCCUCCAUUUUGGCAAAUAUAUUCUUAAGCCAUUUUUGGAUAGUAAAAGUCAUUUUCACCAGGAAUCCUAAAGUACUCAAGUUUGUCUCUGGAGGUUUUUCAAUAAAUGCCUAAAGGCAAAGCAUUCCCCCCACCCCCCGUUGUAGUAAUGAAAAAAGAAACUACCAGUAUUUCAAGUAUUUUUACAUUUCCCAGUUUAGUAAUUCCAUUUUACAUAUAAUAAUUUAGGCAUUUCAUCCAUUCCAAAUAAAUAUAUUUUUUAGGCUUUAUGGGGAGAUGGUAUUAGACAAUUUACAAAGAAAUACAGGGUCUCUUUCCUUUAUGUACAUAAUGACAGUCAGCAUUGUGCUUAAAAGUCUCAGCAGAGUGAAGGCUGAGCAGACAUUGUGCUGCUAGCUUGUUCUUAGUGAUAUUACAACUAAAUAAGUAUUAAAGCACUUUGAGUAAAGGGAAGUUGUUGAUGCACUUAUUUCCAAAAUUUAUAGAGGAAGAGAAAGUUAUAUAGGUCAAUUUUUCUAUAGUCUAAAACUUUGACACAUUAGGAAUUGAAAGGCCAUGUGUGAAAAGCAGCCAUAUUUAAUGUUAGGCAGAAGGAUUCAAAAGAUUUAUUCCUUUUUUAUGUUGGUAUUGUAAAAGCUCCAUACUGAGUUGGAUAGUAACAAUAUUUUCAAUUUGUUAAAGGGUGGCAUUGAGACAUGCAUAUGUUUCUGUCUAUUCUGAAUUCAACAUGUCCCUUGUUCAAGAAAUUAGAAAAUAUAUUUAUCAAAUAAAAUAUUUUAAAUGUAGCUUUAGAAGAACAAUAAUUCCACCUCUCUUUCUUCAUUUAAGAAUCUGAUAGAUCUACUUGUUUAUUAGCUACUAAAACUGCUACUUCUUUUUUCAUCUCUGCCAGAGGAGUUUCAGCAUUUUUAAAGAAUAGGUGCUAUUGCAUCCAAUGUCAUCAUCUUUGUAAUGAAUAAUUUUCUACUCUCUCCUAAUUUGUAUUCUUAGGUUUACUACAAUAAGUAAGUCUGACAAGGUGAGUUAGUAAUGAAGCUUGGAUUAAUUUGGAAAUCUUUCUUUAGAAACUUUAAUUUCUUAAAUAUAUUUUAGUUGUAAUUAAAUGCAUUUUUAAAUAGUUACAAUUACAAGUUCAAGUUCUAAAGAAUCACAGUAUCUUCAAGCUGGAAGGGAUCUUAUAGCUCAUUUAAUCCAACCCCACAUUUUGCAGAUGAAGGCAGUGAGGCUUCUAUCCUAGUACCUUCAUGGAAGAGGCCUGUCUAUGCCCUGACCUUCCCCAAAGAACAAAUACAUAUUAGAAACACAAGGAUUUGGUUUGGUUUGAGAUCUUUAUCCAUCUAGAAUUUGGAUGAUUUGUAGUGGUAAAUAAUUCAUUAUUUAAUUUUUACUCUUGGAAUGAUACAGAAUUUUGUUGCAUACACUUUUCAUUCUUGUUAGUAACAUCCCUUGUUUGAAUACAAGAUUCUGCCUUAUGUUAAAUAUCUUUCUUGAACAGUCUUUGCCACUUGUGCCAACUUUUACGUGUUCUUUACAGAUGUGAAAUUUGUGUAAAUCCUAAUAACACAUAAGUAACCCAAUAUUCAUUCAAAGAGAGGUACAACCAUGGUACACACUAAAUUCAAUUAGUCCACAUUUAAGAUGACUAUACAUUGUAAAUCCUGUAAUGGAUAUAAUUAUGGCAAUUUAUUGUGCAUGACCCAAGAAUAAAUUAAAUAACAUUAAUGCAAUUGUAUAAUAAAGGUCUCAUUAUCAAUCA